AUGGCCUAUAAUAGUCAGCCUGGAAGAGGCCCGUUAUUUUAUACAGCCGCCCAGCAACAGCAACAGCAGCAGCUGCAACAGUCAACUAGCAGACAGGGCUCACUGCAGCAGAAUCCAUCAUCAAGUUAUGGCGAUGGGAGCGUCUCAAUGGCAGACUUCCCUGCACUGGCAAAUAACUCACUCAGGGAUCAUCCAUCUGGAAAUCCAUCUGUAAUGUCCUUCUCAUCCAUCGCUGCUGCCAGCAGCACACCAUUUUAUAGUACUCCCAUAAACAGACGAGACAUGGUCGAUGUAAAUGGUAUUGACGACUUUCCAGCUCUCACUCCUAGCAAUCCUACUGGUAGAUCGACGUUAGGAGACAUGGCUUUUGGAAUGCCUGUGCGGCGAGACGGCCCUCCUGGAAUCAAUAGUAUAGUAAACAUGAACGCCCCUAGGAACAUGAAUACUAUGAACUCGGCAAGAACUGGUAGAUCAGACGACUCAAGCUUUUUUAAUGGUGUGCUGAGAGGUGGAGCGAGUGCUAGUGUUGGUGGAUCUAUGAACAACACUUCAAUGAAUGGUACCAUGAACGCCAAUGGUCCAAGUCUACCUAACGACCUCUCUGGAUCAACAAUCCCGCCGGGAAAGAGACCACCAUUUGGCUUAUCUAGCCCGGAUUAUUCUAGAGCUCCCUUCUCGCUAACACCAGCAACUCCAGCGUCUGCAAAGGCGUCCGAUUUUGUAUUUUCCAACGUACCCGCUGGUACAUCGUCAACGCCUGUAGUACCAUCGUCCCAGAUAUCCAACAAUAGUAUACAGACCACGUCGAAUGUAUCUCCGGCCUCUCUAAGCUCGAAUGGUAAUCCACCGAAUCCAACAGUGAGAUUUGGGGUUCUAGGAUUGUUGGACGUCAUUCGGAUGACUGAUAGAGAUCUAAAUAUGCUAGCCUUGGGUCAGGACGUGACAAGUCUAGGAUUGAGUCUGUCGUCAGCCGAUAAUUUAUAUUCAACCUUCAUGUCACCGUUUUCCGAAACACCAUCUCUCGGUGCCGAGCCACAAUUCCACCUGCCACCGUGUUAUAAUCUACCACAGCCGCCACCGCCAUCUAUAUCGAAAAUAAGUUCCUUCUCUGACGAAACUUUAUUUUACGUAUUCUACGCACUCCCGAGAGAUGCUGCACAAGAAGCAGCGGCUCAGGAGCUCUACAACAGAAAUUGGAGAUACCAUAAAGAGUUUCGGCUUUGGCUUACAAAAGAGCCCGGUAGUGAGGUACUGCAGAAAGGGGCAGGCUUUGAAAGAGGUAUAUACGUAUUCUUUGACCCUCAACAAGGGGCAAGAGUGAAGAAGGAAUGCUUCCUGUAUUACGACCAGCUAGAGGAGCGAGGUCCGGUAGGUGGAUCCGUUAAUAAGGUAUCUGCUGGGGUUAUUGGCUCUGGAGGUAGUGCGGUAGUUGGUGCUAAUAGUGCUACAUCCAUUGGUGGUAAUAAUGUUAGUAAUUCCAAUUCGAGUACAGAAGCAGGGUUUGGUCCUUCUCGUGUAUUGGAUUUCGGCGGCACCUUUGUAAAGGACUCUUUGCCUCCAGGAUUUAACAGUGGGACCGCCGCUGGAAACAGUUUAUGGCGUUGA